UGCCAUCACUAAUUAAAUUGAUGUGGCGCAUAAAGUGUGGGUAUUUUUACGAAAUUAAACCAAUUAAAGUGUAGACAACAUUAGCCUUAUCCCCUCCAACAUGAUGCUUUCUUGUGCUGCCCAGUCGUCUGUUUACUGUAUCUCUGAUUUUCCUAAACUACAUUUACACAGUCACCCGCUUGUGCUCACCAGACCAAAUUUGUCAACUAAAUUUGGUGCUCUGAAAUCCUGUCCUGUUUCAGAUAGAAGAAGGUUAGCUUCAGUUUGCUUCUUCAGCGCUGGUCAAAAUUCCAAUGGGGAGGAAGAUGGAUCGGAUUGGCCUAUACUUCAGAGAUGGAAUGUGCCUUGGCAAUGGCAAACUGCUUCCUUAACCUCACUCGCUUGCGGAUUAAGUUUUGCUUUGACAGGACUCGUAGAGACAGCUGCUGUACCGCUCCUAGGAAUUAAAAUUGAAGAACUCAGUCUAGACGAAAAGGCCGAGUUGCUGCUUUUGGACCAAAGCAUUACCACCGCGGUUGUACUUGGAGUUAUUUAUAGUAUCACCAACGCGUUCCAACCACUUCCUGAAGAUAUCUUUCGCUAUGAUUUGAGGGAACCUUUCAAUCUACAAAAUGGGUGGCUUCUAUGGGCAGUGAUUGGUCUUGUCGGGGCUCUACUUGCUAUUGCGUUGACAGGGAUUGCAAUGUCUACAAUAAAUGGCGAGCCUCCACAAAGAGAGACUGAUGCGCUUGUUCGGCUUCUUCCUUUAAUUGGAUCUUCAAGUAUCAGCACUGCUUGUUUGUUGGUCAUCACUGGUGUUCUUGCUCCAAUUCUAGAGGAGACUAUUUUUCGAGGAUUUUUCAUGGUUUCUUUGACAAAGUGGGUACCGACACCAAUUGCUGUCUUGAUCAGUGCUGCCGUAUUUGCAAUAGCGCAUCUAACUCCUGGAGAAUUUCCUCAGCUGUUUGUGUUAGGUACCGCUCUUGGAUUAUCAUACGCUCAAACUCGCAACCUUGCAACCUCAAUUACAAUUCAUGCUUUCUGGAACUCAGGGGUAAUCUUGAUUCUUACCUUGCUUCAGCUUCAAGGAUAUGAUAUCAAAGAAAUAUUGCAGGCAACCUGAGAGUGGCCAAGAACCUUAUCUAUCAAGCAGUCCAGGACUAAUUUCUCGUACGCCAUAUGGGGCUUUUCUGCCUCUUUGCACAAGUGUUUAAACGAGCCAGUAUAAAUUAGAAAAAGGUUUGGUGCAGGAUGUGGCUAUGUAAAGUUUGCUAUUACAUUAAGUGAAACGACAUAAGAUGUUUAUCACAGAAUUUGAUUAACAAAUUUGUUUGUUUAAAAUUCAUAAGAAAUGGUAAUGAUUUGGAGACUGCGUUAGUGCAAUAAAGUUGUAGGUGUUGGAUCAAAA